AUGGAGGACACCAAAACGGCCCAGGACUUACACGCCGCACUUAUUAUCAGCCGGCCGGGGAGAAACCCGAGCCCAAGCCCAUUAUGGAGCAGCGCUCUAGAGCACUUCCGGGAUGAACUUGAAAGUCCAGAAGACUUGGAAGCCAUCCAAAACAUCCACUCCCUCGAGGACCUCGUCAACUCCCUCACAUCCCUCCAACCCGCCCCACAUCGCCAUCAACUUGGCCUCUCCUCUCUCAACCGCCUGGCCCCAAAGCUCAAAUUCGUCGACGACUUCUCCGCCGUGAUAGCCCUCUGCUUCGGCGCCGAGGCGACCCUCACGGCCACCAUAUGGGGGAGCAUUCACCUCAUCCUCUCUCGCGCCUCAUCCACGGCCGAGGCCUUCCAGGAGGCGCUCGACAUGCUGGAGGACCUCGGCCUUACGCUUCCCCGAUUACAUGGGUACAAGGACAUCCUGCCGAUGGCCCGAUCGUUCCAAACUACGCUAAUGGAUGUGUACACCGAGCUCAUCUGCUUCUACGCACGGGCGAUUCAGUUCCUGAGGGCGAACCCGAACGACAUCUUACGCAAGGUCGGAUGGAAGUCCUUCAAGGAUGAUCUUUCACGCACGAUUAUGCGCAUCCGGUACAUGUCCCCGGCUUUGGAGACCCAGGCCGACACGGCUCGCAUGGUGCGCAUGGUCAAGGACGAGUUGAAUUACAAGGAAGUGCUGGAUCUGCUGAAUGCCAUGAAAGCCGUCAAGGAAAUAGGGGGCGAGGCUAAGGUACGGUAUAACAACAUCCCGUAUCCAAUAAACGCCAAGUUUAGCGGCCGCGAUGACAUAUUGGAAAAGGCCGACGCCGCCAUCGUAGACCUCGACGGAAGAUUGGCGUCGCAAAGGUCGCUCGCCCUGUUCGGCCUCGGUGGCGUGGGCAAGACGCAGAUUGCGAUCCAGUUUGCGUAUCAGAGCCUGGCCAAGUUUGACGUCGUGCUCUGGGUCGCCGCCGACAAUGCCAACUCGAUGGGUCAGAGCCUUAAAACCGUCGCGGAAGGCCUGAACCUGUUUGGCACUGAUGACGAUAGGGAAGAUGCCGCCGCUGCGAUAUGGAAGGUUAAGAACUGGCUGUGCUCAACGAAGUCCUCAUGGCUGCUCAUAUUCGACAAUGUCGACGACGCGGCUAUCCUGAGAACGGCCUGGCCCGGAACAACCCACGGUUCCAUCCUAAUAACGACGCGCGAUUUCGGCGUCGCAACUAAUUCUGCUGCCCAAUACAUCCAUGUCGGCGUCCUUAGCGAAGAAGCUGGGAGCCAGAUGCUACUCGGAGCCAUCGGCGGCCCAUCGUUACCGUCCCCGGAAGAGAUCCAGGAAGGCAGAGCCAUCAGCGAGGCUCUUGACGGCCUGCCGCUGGCGCUCGCGCAAAUGGGAGGCUUUAUCGGCCAGCGCAGGAUGCGGCUAAAGGACUUCCUGCCCCUGUAUGAGCGCAACCGCUUCAGAAUUGACGCGUGGAAAUCGGCGGGGACCGAUUAUGAAUAUACGUUGAGUACGGUGUGGGACAUGUCGUUUGCUAAGCUCUCCGAGAACUCAACGAUCUUACUCAACAUUCUAGCGCUCUUUGAGCCAGAUAGUGUAUCGGAGGAUAUCUUAUUACAGGGUGCCGAGGGUCUCGAUGAUUUCUCCUUCCUCACGGACAAUAUGGAUCUCGGCGACGCGACCGAAGAACUCCUCGGGGUAGCGCUGAUAGAGAGAGAUGCCGAUGAGGCACUUCUCUCCGUGCACCGCCUCGUCCAAACGGCAGCCAUCAGACGUAUCGAGGACGCGGAUCGAGCCCGAUACUUUGACGCCGUUGUGCACAUGCUUUCAUGGGGAUUUCCCGACCAUGCGAGCAAGGAUAUCGGCCACCAGAUUGCAACGUGGAGCCGCUGCGAAAAAUGCCUACCCCAUAUCUACAAUUUGACGGCGGCCGCCAAGCAACACUCCCUGAAGGCCGGGAACCAGGAAAAAUACGCAAACCUACUCCUGCGCUGUGCUUGGUACUUGUAUGAGCGGGAAAUGUAUGCCAUCGCCCGCGGAAUGGUCGACCAAGCUAUCUCUACCUUUGACGACACCACAACCCUCGAAUACGCUAGCGCCAUCGACCUCGGAGGCCUUUUAGAUCUGGACCUAGCGCAAGCUGCCCGAGCCUUACCUCUAUUCAAGCAGGCACUGGAAAUUAGGAAGGCCAGGCUCGGGCCAGAGGACCCAUUCAUAGCCUAUAGCCUCAACAACAUCGCCCUCGCAUACACCGAGAUGGGCGAGCUCCAACAGGCGUACGAAGCGCACGAGGAAGCCAUCCGUCUGCGACUGGAGGCGAACAGCGAUCGUAUCGAAAAUUCGUAUAGUAACAUGUCAUGCCUCCUUCUACGCAUGGGCAAGCCUGACGACGCCGAGGAGAUGAUGGCGCGGUGUCCUUCGCUAAAUGGCUUGACGGACGAGGUGUUCUUGGCGACGGGGAACCCGCGCUAUUCGGGGAACAUGGUGGUGUUGUCUAGAAUUCGGCUCAGGCAGGGACGGACAAAGGAUGCGCUGAAUUUAGCGACGAAGGCGCUGUCAUUCCGAAGAAAGCUGUUGGGGAAUCGGCUGAAGACGUGUGAUUCGAUGUAUGAUGUGGCUUGUAUGCACCUCCAAGAGGGGGACACCAGCGCCGCGAUGGAGCUUCUGAAAGAAUUGGUCUCGAUCUCGGAGACUUUUGUAGAAGGCGAGGGCCAGCGUGCAAGGACAUUUUUCAAGCUCUCACAGAUUCACGAGGACAGGGGCAGGGAAGAGGAGAGUAAAGAUUGUAGGGAGAAGGCGACUGCGUUGAGGGACAAGGUUAAUCCAGGCCUGAAGGGUGCACCUGUUGAAGAAGCCGAGUUUUCGAAGCUCUGCCCUUGGAUGUUAUGGUAG